AUGGCUAAGAAGUCAUCUCGCCCAACCACCAAGGUCGGUUCGGCCGCGUCGCUAGCCGCUGGCCUCACGCAACCUACCAAGUCUUCUAUUCUUCGAGCUGCAUUUUCGCCUUCCGAGUACCAAUUGGCCCUGUUCGCCUCGGUCAUCCAAGGACUCGAUGCGCAGCAUCUGCGCAUCCACGACACCAACACCGGUCGACUACAAUGCGAGCAUGCGCUGGGACCGAAGGAGAUCAUCACAUCAUUAGACUGGGGAUACUACGGUGGCCAGGCCAAGAACCGCGACCAGUCAAAGAAGAAGCGCAAGCGUGGUUCCGAUGUGAACGGUGUCGAUGGACUCGACCAGGGUGAUGUUGUCGUUGCGUUUGGAACCAGCACCUCGGAAAUCCGCUUGUUUUCUCCGUCGGAGGAUAAGAUUGUCGGUACCUUGACCGGUGCGCAUGAGAAGGGUAUCAAGGACUUCAAGUUCACCGCUGGGCGCCCGGCCCAAGAGGCUUGGAGUAUCGGUGGUGACAACAAGCUCGUGCAGUGGGAUCUGCGCACUGGAAAGACUCUACGAACGAUUCAUCUGCCUGCAUCGUCUGUCUUCACUGCUCUCUCCCGCCCCGUCCCCUCCAACGUGCCUGUCAUCUGUGCUUCCCAGACAUCCUUCUUAAUAGACGUGGAGAACUCCGAAGAGGAGCCUGUCAAGUUCCCCGCCAUGCGCAACCAGAUCCACAGCGUCAUUUCUUCGUCCACCGAGUCGGCUAGCUCUGGCUCAUUCCUUGCAUCUGAUGGUGACCGUUUCAUUAACGUUUUCGAUGCCUCAACCCAGAAGUUGGUCCGAAACCUUGUGGCCGAGCAGGAUGUGACAUCCCUGUCUUUGCACGAUGGUACCCCCGAGAAGCAAAUCCUUGCUGCUAUCACGGAGGAUGGCACAAUUGAACUGUUCACAAAGCCCUUUGCGCAACCUGCGCAAUCUGGCAGUGCUAAGAGCAACCGCAAACAAAUGACGCAAAAGGCAAAUGCCUCUCUCAAGAUCGUCCGAUCUGAGUCUUCCAAUGCCUGUGUCCCCGUGGUUUCAACCUUGUUCCACGGCCACGAGAUUGUGAUUGCUUACGCCGAGGGUGGCGUUAUCCCUGUAUUCGAGCGCGUUAAGUUCCUUGAUGAGACCACCGACGAGCUCGCAUUUACCGGAACCAAGUCAGUUGCAAAGACAAAGGCAACCUCCACAUUGGCAUCCGUGUCAACAAAUGGUUCUAAGGAUGCUGGUGAGAGCCGAGUGGACGAGACCAACACCGCUGUACAGUCUGGUAUGGCUGUCGACGAUGAUGUCGACAUGGAUGAUACCCAAGACAUCGCUUCCGUAUCCGGUGACGAGGACUCGGACGUUGAAGAUACCGUCAAGCCCACAGAGAAGAAGACCAAGUCCUCUAAGCAGGCUCCUGCUGAUGAUGACAUUGAGAUGGACAACGCAGAGUCAGAAGACGAGGAGGAAGAGGAGGAGGAAGGUGCGGAGCCUUCGUUUGGUGAGCUCAUUCGCGCCAAUAGAGGCCAGGAAGUCGACGUCGAAGCCGAGCUUGACGAUGACCUCAACCUCGGCACCCUUGUCCCUGGCAAGCCUGCCGCCGCCGUUCAACAGAUCCCCACUGGUGUCUCGCUAGCUACCGUGCUCACACAGUCACUCAAGACAAACGAUAACGCCCUUCUCGAGUCAUGCUUCCACACCUCCGACAUCACCAUUAUUCGCAAUACCAUCCAGCGUCUUGAUUCUUCCCUUGCUGCUACUUUGCUCCAGAAGCUCGCCGAGCGCCUUUCAUCCCGACCUGGCCGCUACGGUCACCUCAUCGUUUGGGUCCAAUGGGUCUGCGUUGCCCACGGUGGUGCCCUGGCUGGUCACCCGGAUCUCCUCAAGCGUGUUUCCACCCUUUACAAGGUCAUGGAUCAGCGAUCCUCCAGUCUUUCAUCCCUCCUUAUGCUUAAGGGUAAACUUGAUAUGCUUGAUGCGCAGCUUAAUUUGCGCCGUGAUAUUCACAGUCGUAAUGAUGGCAUGGAUAGCGAGGACGAGGACAACAUUAUCUACGUUGAAGGAGAGGAUGAAUCCGACAGUGAUGCUGAAGGCCAAGCUAAGCCGCGGACAAAGUCUAUUCGUGAGCAGGCCUUUGACGAGGACGAGUCAAUGAUGAACGGCGUGGAUGACUCUGAGGAUGAGUCCGAAGAUGGCAGUGAGGACGAGGACGAGGAUGAGAUUGAGAACAUCUUGGACAUUGAGGCAGAGGAGUCGGCUGGCUCUUCUGAUGCCGAAGAGUCUGAGGAAGACGAGGAUGAGGACUCGGACGAGGCGAGCGAGGGAUCCCUCGCGGACUUCAUUGCCGAUACCGAAGAUGAGGGGUCUGAUAUUGCCAUGGAGGAGCCUGCGCCUAAGAAGAGCAAGUCCGGUGGCAAGAAGGGAAAAUUGGGGAAGAAAUAA